UGUAUAACGCGGUGGUUAUUUUAAAAGUAUUACCGGUUAAGAGGGGUUGUAAAAAUUCUAGCUUGACGCAUUGGAUGGAAUGAAUUGCCCGGGCGCAAGUACGUGUAGGCACACGCAGGCUGGCUCCGGUGGGAAGUUAAAACCAUCUUAUUUAAGCUGUGAGUGGACUCCUCCGCGGCUUGACAUCGCCACGGUUUCUCCCUGCCCAUGCUUGACGACGCCAUCAAAGAACUUGUAAGGCGGAAACAACCUGCGGCGUGGUCACACCUUCGGACUCGGUGUUUCGCUUCGUGAUUUAUAAACUAGACGGACACAGGGGACUGUGGCUACAACUUUGGGAUUCCAGGAUGGGAGCAUCGCGCCAAUGUCAGGGUUCGCCCGUUUUGGAAAAUGAUGACUGUCAGCAGCGACGGCAAAAUAAUGGUCAGCAGAAGAUGGCUAGUGACGUUCAAGCCGUUCAGGAUAUUUGUGGUGGGAAUAGGCUUCUUCAGUCUGUGCUUUCUAAUGACAUCUCUGGGGGGGCAAUUCUCAGCCAAGAGACUGGGGGACUCCCCCUUCACCAUCCGUACAGAAGUGCUUGGAGGUGUGGAGUCACGUGGUGUGCUGAGGAAGAUCAGUGACAUGCUGGAGGUGAUUCUGAGGAGAAUGGACAGUCUCGCCAAACUCAACAACACCACGACUGCCGACACGCGACGCCUGGAUGAGCUCAGCUCAGCAAUCAACAAGUUUCAACCAGCCGGCCUCAUGGAGAUGAUCCAGGCUAUUGCCCAGAAUGUCUCCAACAUGGCAAUCAGGGUGGAGCAGAUACUACAGAACAGUAUUAUGCAAGGCAAAGUGCGAGAUGGGACAUCAACCCAGUGUGAUAUACCCAAAGACCCCCGCUACCCAGAAUGUCCUGGAAAAGUGGAUUGGAUGCGAGCACGCUGGACCUCAGACCCUUGCUACGCAUUCUACGGUGUUGAUGGCUCCGACUGCUCCUUCCUCAUCUACCUGAGUGAAGUGGAGUGGUUCUGCCCCCCACUGGCCUGGAGGAACCAGAGCAGCCAGCCUACCCAGCAUGUUCACCAGCCAAAGGGACCCAAAAGGCCGGCUGCUUUCCGCACAGAUCUGUCCGUGUUACUGGACCAGAUUGGUAACGGAAAGGAGUCUCUUAGCUUCAUGAAGCGAAGAAUCCGUCGUCUUGCACAGCAGUGGGGUACAGCUGCCCAGCGCCUCGAUUCCACGCUGGAGCACCGCUGGAGGGACCAGAAGAAGAUCCUAAUCCAUGUGGGUUUCCUAACAGAGGAGUCUGGAGAUGUUUUCAGCCCCAAGGUGCUUAAAGGAGGUCCCCUUGGAGAGAUGGUCCAGUGGGCCGACAUACUCACAGCACUCCAUGUUUUAGGACACAAUCUCAAGAUCUCAAUGUCUGUCAAAGAGCUCCAGAGCUUUCUCGGCGUGCCCCCCGGCAGAGGCAGUUGCCCAUUAACUGGCCCUCUGCCUUUUGACCUCAUCUAUACGGACUACCAUGGCCUGCAGCAGAUGAAACAGCACAUGGGGCUGUCACUCAAGAAACACAAAUGUCACAUCCGAGUGAUUGACACUUUUGGGACAGAGCCAGCUUACAAUCAUGAGGAGUAUGCUACUCUUCAUGGCUACCGGACCAACUGGGGCUACUGGAACCUGAACGCCAGGCAGUACAUGACCAUGUUCCCUCACACGCCAGAUAACUCCUUCAUGGGCUUCGUGUCGGAGGAGAUGAAUGACACAGAGAAGAGGAACAUCCAGCAAAGCAAAAUCAACAACAUGGCAGUUGUGUAUGGAAAGGAAGCCAGCAUGUGGAAGGGUAAAGAAGGUUUCCUGCAGAUUCUCCACAAGUACAUGGAAGUCCAUGGUACCGUGUAUUAUGAGACCCAGAGACCUCCUGAGGUCCCGGCCUUUGUGAAGAACCAUGGUCUUCUGCCCCAGCAUGAGCUGCAGCACCUGUUACGCAGAGCAAAGCUAUUCAUCGGCUUUGGUUUUCCCUACGAAGGCCCAGCGCCCCUGGAAGCCAUCGCCAAUGGAUGUGUCUUCCUGCAGCCCAAGUUUAACCCACCUCACAGCUCGCUCAAUCACGAGUUUUUCAAAGGAAAGCCAACAUCAAGAGAGGUGUCAUCGCAGCAUCCAUAUGCGGAGCAGUACAUUGGCGCCCCUCACGUUAUGACGGUGGACUACAACAACUCUGUGGAGUUUGAUGCCGUCAUCAGGGAAAUUAUGAGAACCAAGGUGGAACCCUACCUGCCUUAUGAGUACACGUGCAAGGGCAUGCUGGAGCGACUGCACGCUUACAUACAACAGCAGGACUUCUGUGCCCCGGAGCCUCUCUUCAUCCCCACCAACCUGACCAAACGAGGGUCUGGCAGCAGCUUCACCGGACCUUUGUUUGUGCCCUUGCCCAAUUCUACAGCACUUGGCUGGUCUCCCAAUGUAGCUGCUCCACCUGCCUGGCCCCCCCUCAGCGCCCUGCGGGUAAUGGUGUCACAAGAGGGGGAGUCAUGCGUGGAGGCUUGCAGAACCCAGGGUUUGAUCUGUGAACCUGCUCACUUUGGCUUCAUUAACAACAAGGAGGCACUGCUAAGGCUAGAGGUGCAGUGUGAGGUUCUGGACUACGAGAUGAACCACGUCCUCCCAGCCUUCUCCGUGUUGCGUCGUGAGUGUGGACUUCAACGGGAGCCGCUCCUGUUCAGCUGUGCGGGACAGUCACCCAAAUACAGGCGCCUGUGCCCCUGCAGGGACUUCCGACGUGGGCAGGUGGCGCUGUGCAGGGACUGCCUCUGACGCGGGAGAGAGCUGACGGUACAGAGGGGCGAGGUAAUGAUGCGUGAGCACUUCACUGAGAGUGCGGGGGAAAUAGUGAUGAGGCACUAUGCAUGGAUUUAUGGAUUUCCAGUGGGCUGGCUUGAUCAGCUGCCACGGGUGGUUCACGUAGCUGCCAUAGCAGCUAAGAUGGGGCUUCCAGUGUUAACUGGAGUGUAGCCUGCCCACUAGAGGACACCGGGAGGACACAGGCUUUCAUUUUGGCAACCUUUAAGGGAAGAAGAGCCUGUAGUGUCGUUCCUUCAGACGUGUGGACGCAGAGGAGGCGAGCGCAGUUCAAUAUCCAAUCUCCUCUCAGCGCAUGCACAAAAGGGAAGAUGGACAAGUGGGUUAUCAUCCGAGCUCUUCCUCCCCCCUCCCUCUUUCCCCCCAUUUAUCGGCAGAGACGUUUAUCAGACUGAGCCCCAAGUCGGAGGCGACAUUGGUCAAUGCAAUCAUCUGUAGUCACAAAAGGCAGGAAAGAAGAGCACAGAGGACACAGAUAAAGGCUGCUAAAUUAUUUUUCAAUGAAUAAGCUCUCAGACCAAGUGGAUUUUUGAAAGUCCUCCGAGCUUUGUGAUCAUAAAAUAAAAAGAUCAAAGCAUCAUGGUGUCUUUUAUUGUUUGUGGUUUUGCCAGGAUCCGUCUGAACUCUGAAGAAUGCGAUGGUUUAUCUGAUUUAAACCUGCUAGGACUCGUAUUCAAGCACUGACAGAUGCAAUCGGCGUGUGGAAAUGGUAACCCCCCUUUUUCCACUGUGCAGUACCCACAUAGCUUGCUAUCGACUUCUUUCAAAUGGUAAAAGCAAGGACUUGCGUUUCUUGGAAGCAAUUUCUACCUAAAUUCCUUUUUCAUGAAAUAAAUGCUCUUGUUCGAAGCCGAGCACAGUGGGCUCAUCUUAUGUUGAUGUAACCAAAAUUGAAACCGAAACAGUACCUCUACAUUUACUUUUGCUUUACUUUUACUUUGAAAGUGGGUAAAUAGAGUGAGAAAAUCCGAACGAUGAUUCUGUGUGAAAAAGUGAUUGGCCCCCUGUUAGAACAUCACUGAGAUUAAUUAAGAUCUAUAAGUCAGUGGAAAAAGGUUAUAGAGCCAUUUCUAAAGCUUUGGGACUCUAGCAAACCACAAUGAGAGCCAUUAUCCAUAUACGGCAAAAACAUGGAACAGUGGUGCACCUUCCCAGGAGCGGCUGG